AUGAGCAGUGACCCUGUCCCAUCCUUGGCGCUACCUGCAUCGGCAGCCGCUGCUCCGGCGCCAGCUCCGCUUUCGACGCAGUCAGCCUCAUCGCUACCAGCGCAACAACAAGAAGAGCAAACACCACAGCAGCAGCAGCAACAACAAGUUCCAACGACACCACAAAAGAAGACAGCAUCGAUAUCAAAUCCACCGGCCCAACUUCAGCAGCAGCAGCAACAGCAUGUCACGGCGAAUCAUCCAGCAUCGAUAGCAGCAGCAGCCACCGUCGCUCUUUCAGCAACGCUUCUCGAUCCUAAUGAAUGGAAUGCACUCGCAUCAACAAGCAUGGUCACGUUGGACGACUUGCGGACGGCAUUCUUGGAACAACGGCAACAGCAGCUGAAGGAUCUCGAACGGUCCCAUGUGGAAUCUCUGCGUGAGAUGCUUUUCAUGUCCGAGACCUAUGAUCAAGUCGAUGCUGCAGGGAGCCCGUGGAAGCUGAGACAGAGCCUGGAAGUCGCAGAGGAUGACGAGAGGGAACACGUCAAAACCUUUCUCGCGCAGUACAGGCUGUCGCUCGACAACCAAAAGUCCAUCCAAGAUCAUACGUUGGAGCAACCCAAGGCUUUACGCGAACUCGUUUCGCAGGAACUCAAGACUGGACCGAUCGAGAUCGCGCCGCCGCCCACGCCCACCAGCGCAACAGCACCUGCAGCCGGAGAAGCCCAACGCGACCGUGACCUCCGAAAAGAAGUCGAACAGAGCAACUCGCAUCGCAGUCAAGCCGUUGCCCGAGCUGCUGCCGCAGUUCAGGCUCGGGCUGUUGCUGAAGGAGUAGCCAAGAUCAAGCCUCUCACCAUCACAGCCGCAGAAAGUCAAGGAGUUCGCGUUGCUCCCCUCCAGCCGGGUCAGGUGCCCAGCUUUGUCAUCGAAUCCAGUACACCCAUCGUUCCCAUCGUGCCUAGCAUCGACGCUUCUGCUUCCCUCCCGACAGCUCCCAACUCUUCUGGAGCAGAAGCAGCGACUACAGGCUCGGCCGCUGACAUUGCGCCGCCUUCUAUCAAGGUCGAGUCGUCCGAUGACCGCGCCUCGUCACCAUCUAAAGCCUCGAACGCGCUCGACCGAGCCGUCUCUCCAGUGUCCGGCCUCACUCGCAAUGCAACAACGCAGUCGACAGGACUUCGUGUACCGCCGUCGCCGAUGGUGGUGCCAACGAUCCCUGAGAACAUCGCUGCGCCUCCUCUCCACCCAACACUGCAGACACUUUCGCCGAAUCCGCUCUCGGUCACGUAUGCCGCGUCGUUGCGACCCCUUCCGCCGGAUCCGACCCGACGCAUCACGGGAGCUGGAGUCGGAGGAGGCGCGAUCCAUCAUCGAAGUGGCAGAAAGAUCUCGAGCCUGUCAACUCACAACGGCAACUCCUACUCCAGCAUAGCAGCCGCCAAAAUUGGUCCGGCAGGCUCAGGGCAAGCGGAUCUGUACCGAUGGUACGUCCGCGCCCGAGCUUCACCAGGUGCAGGCAUGGUCGGCAAGGCGGACAAGUGCUUGAUGACAAGCGAUUGGAAGGUGGCUUUCAACGAGCAGCGUUUCGUCCGCGCCAUGGCUAGGAUCGAAAAGCUGAAAGCGCAAGGCGAGUGGAGCUUCCGUCAGCCCAAGAAGCAAAAGGGUCCUGUGGUGCGCAAGGCGCACUGGGAUCACCUCCUGGAAGAGAUGAAAUGGCUUCAGACCGACUUCAGGGAGGAGAGACGGUGGAAGAUGACUGUCGCCUUCCACCUGGCUCACGAGGUUGCCGCCUGGCAUCGUGCACGCACAGCCGCCGAACGAGCCGCUUUCUGCGUGUCUAUCCAGAGGCCUCACCGUCGUAGGACUGUCUCGGAUCACGCUGAGCAGCAUGCAGCCUCGCAGGAAACCGCGGACGGACUCGAGUCCUCCGGCGCAUCCGUGGGAGCCGUCGCAGAUUCUAUCGAUGACGAAGAGAUGCCUGACGAAGCCGCCGCGAAAGAUGCUCAAGGCGAUCUGAAGUCUGCCAUCAACUCAAAGAAGGCAGCGGCUGGACAAACUGAGCUUUCCGGUGACGCUGAUGUCACCAUGGAAGCAGAAGGAGAUGCUCAGGAGGCAGUAGCCAAGGCGGUCGAAGACGCGGUCCAAGUCACCGACGAGGCAGCAAAUGCCCGUGUCGAGGAGCCAGAUGCGGACGGAGAGGACGACGAUGCGGAUGCGGAUGCAGAUGAUGUGGAAGCAGCCACGGCAGCGCUCGUAUCAGGCGAGCCCUCGAAGCCACCCCGCGUCGAAAUUGUUCGGGAGCCGUUGGCUCCGCUGCAACAGAUGCCGGCCCUCUCCGCUGGCGCUCCGUCCACAGCCACCUCAGGUGUACCCACCGAUCUAGCGUCAAGAGACGCUCAGCCUUCGGAUACCAACCUCGCCAACGCGUUGCGUAGCGAACAGAAGGACGCAGAAUCCACGCUCACCGCGGAACUGCCGCCGCAGCUGCUCGCAACGUUGCGGGCCCCCGUCUUUUCCACCAGCGUCACCACCACGGUGGUCUCGCCAGCCGCUCUGCUCGAGUCCUUGGACCCUGAGGCUGCUGCAGCGCUGCUCGGCAUUGAACUUGGUGAUCUGUCGAACGCUGCCGACCUGCUUGAGCCUGGCUCGCUCUCGUUCAGCAAGAUGUUCCCGGAGCUGCCAUUGUACGGCGGGGUGACGCUCCCGGACGCAAACAGCAAGAGCGACCGACGCUGGGACGAGGGAAGCCUGAACCAGCCUCCGCGAUUGACCCACGUCACCAAGCUCCUCGACUCCCGCCCGCUUCUCGUCAGCACGCUCGAGCCUUCCAAGAACCGUGCCAACGGCCGCUGGCUACCGGACAGCGACUGGGUUGUUGCUGCUGAGCAGUCGGAUCCGCUUCGAGGUGUCGCCGAUGGCGUGGAUGCAGGAUUGCCGCCUCUGCCUGGUUCGUUGCUCUUUGCCCGCAAGAGCAAUCGGGCAGCCAAGGAGACCAACACUCCGACCACGACGACGCCUGCCGAGCCCUCGCAGCCGGACGUGCGCGCAGCCAUGUUCAUGUGGACGCCAGAUGAAGACAGCUACCUGAUGACGCUGGCCAAGCAAUACCAGAACAACUGGGCCUUGGUCGCUGACCUCUUCAACUCGACGCGUCUCAGCACCGCUACGGACAAACGCGAGCCUUGGGACUGCUUUGACCGAUGCAAGCGCAUCGAGCAGGCAGCGGCUGAGGGGAAGCCGCCUCCUGCCCCACCCCAGCUGCCUCCAGCUGCAGCCGAAACGGACAAGGACGGGAAGAAGGGUGACGGCAAGGACGCUGACGCCUCGUCGAAGCGCGACAAGAUGACCAAGAAGCUCGGAUCCAAGUACGACGGCUCCAAGCGCAAACUUCGACGUAGCAACCUGAUGGAGGUGAUGCGCAAGUCGGCCAAGCGGCGCGAAGCGAGCAAGCAGGCGCAGCAGACGCAGCAGACCAAGAAGGUGAACCUCAACACGCACGAGACGCACGCGCAGAUCAAAGCGGGGCCCGCCAUCACGCCGCAGUCGCUGAGUGCGUUGAAGACGGAGCGUGACCAGGCGGCUCUGCGACAGUACUACGAGCAGCAGCGGGCGCAAUUGGCAUAUCAGCAGCAGCAGCAACAGCAACAACGUCUGCUGGCUCAACAGGCGCAGGCUCAGCGGAUGGCCGGACAGCCAUCAGCCGGCGGCACUCCUGGUCCGACGGCCACACCGGCUGCGCAGGCAGGCAAAGCGGGUACUGCAACCCCAGCUGCCGGAGCAAAUGGAGCGGCCAACCUCACUUUGCCGGUCGGCAGCGCUGCUGGCUCUCAGCCCGGACAGGCCGCUCAGGCGCAGCAGAAAGCAGCUGUUGGACAGAUGCAGGUGCCACAAGCCGCUCAGCCGACUCCGCAACAGCAGCCUCCAACAGCACAAAUGCAGCAGCAACAGCCCACCCAGCAGCAACAGCAACAGCAACAGCAAGUGCAAGCGCAACUUCAAUCGCAACUGCAAGCCUCGCAAGCGGCGCAGAUGCAGAACCUGUACGCGCAAAUCCAACAGCAGCAACGACAGCAGCAGCAGAAUGCGCAACUGGGUCAAGUGGCUGGGAUGGCUCAAGUGCGUCCUGCCGUGGGGCCCCUCACGCAGCAGCAGCUGUCGACGUUGACGCCGCAACAGCAGCAGCAAUACCACGCGCAGUUGGCGGCGGCGACGGCGGCAGCGCAGCAGCAGCAGCAGGUGCAGUUGCGCAAUCAGAUGGCGGCGGUGGCUGCGGCGCAGGGGGGUCAAGGUGGGGCGUUCCAGUUGCCGAAUGCGCAGUUUCAGUUGAUGCAGCAGCAGUCGGCGAUGGCGGCGCAGGGUCGACCUUUGAUGCCGAACCAGGCGCAGGCGCAAGCAGCGGCACUGCAGUUGUAUCAGCAGCAACAGCGACAGGCGGCCCAAGUGCAGGCUCAGGCGCAGAUGCGACCCCCCGCUUCGGGGCAGCAGCAGUUCACCGCUCGACCCGGGAACGGCACGAGACCUCCCCCCACCCCCACGCCGGCAGGCCAAACCAAAACCCCCACAGGAACCGCCUCCCCCAGCAUGCCAGCCACGAUCCAGGCGCUGCAACAACAACUCGCCAUCUCGUUGGCAACAUCCAACUUGUCGCAAGAGCAGAUCAACGGGUUGGCCGUUCAACUGUAUAAACAGGCCCAAUCGCAACAACAGGGGGGAAGCCCGAGUGCACGACCCGCACAGAGACCACCCCAACAGAUCCUCAAUCAGGCCAUCCAGGCACUCGCCGCGCAGAAUCAGAAGAGUCAACAGCAGGCGGCGGGCGCAGCACAGGCAAGACCACCCACCCCCAGACCGACUUAG